AUGUUGGCUAAUUUACUCGUAUGCCUAGCAGUAUGUGUUUCUAAUUGGCCACUGGUCUUGAGCACAAAAAGGAUACAAAAUCUCACGGUUCAUCCGACUGACGUACGAGUGGAGGUCAACGAGACGGCUAACAUUACCUAUCAGUCCAACUUUGCCUUAAUCAUAAUUCACAGCUCAUCUUAUAAUUACAGUAUUGCUGAUGCUUUCGUUCGUGUAUCGGUGAUCAAAUCUCAACUCAUUCAUUUAUUCACCAUAAUUGUUGGAUGGAUGUAUUUCGCCGCUUGGAGCCUGUCAUUUUAUCCUCAGAUAAUUCUGAACUUCAGAAGAAAGAGUGUUACUGGGCUCAAUUUUGAUUUCCUUCUAUUAAAUAUCAUUGGAUUUGCUGCCUAUAGUAUCUACAAUAUGUUGAUGUAUUUUGAUACAAAUGUUCAGGAUCACUAUAAAGAGAAGCAUCCCAAAAGUCCCAUACCGGUGUUACUAAAUGAUGUUGUUUUUGCUGUGCAUGCUUUUCUUGCCUGUGUUGUAACAGCUAUCCAAUGUUUCCUGUAUGAGCGGGAAAAUCAACGGGUUUCGAGGACUUGUAUGGUGUUGUCUACAAUUCUGAUUCUGUUAGCCGCCUUCGCAGGAUUAGCGAACUUCCUUGAGUUGCUUAACGUUCUUCAAUUCGUCAUCACAUUCUCCUACAUAAAGAUGAUUGUCACUCUAUCGAAGUAUUUCCCACAGACGUUCUUCAACUUCAAAAGAAAAAGCACAGUUGGCUGGUCGAUCGGUAACGUGCUUCUUGACUUUACGGGAGGUAGUUUGGAUAUUAUGCAAAUGGUACUUCAAUGCAUUAAUGUCGACGAUUGGGUUGCAUUCUACGGGAAUCCCGUCAAAUUUGGCCUAGGUUUAGUUUCGAUAAUAUUUGAUAUUAUUUUCAUGUUACAACAUUAUGUACUAUAUAGAGGCGUUAAAGUAGUCCAUGCUGAAUAUGAGGGUGUUGAGAACCCCGUUUCACCGCAAAGCCCAGAAACACCACCCCAAAAUCAUGAAGUCGUUAAUCAUGUACAAGAUCCCAUACUGAAUGUGCAAUUUUGA